AUGGACAAGCCUCAAAGCCCGCCAGUCACACUUGCACCAGAUCCAGACGUCAAAUCCAGGAACCAACCAAUGGAACAUAUCUUCAAGGCUGUAACGUGGUCUGAGGAAGAAGAUGAACGGCAGCAGAACGAGAGACGCUCGGUUCUCUAUUGCGAUCUUCUGCCAGACAUCUCCAGCGUAGCACGCCCAGUUGACAAGUCCGGUAGUUACAUGGACAUGCUGCCAUGGUGGAACCCGGAUUAUGAGUCUAGUACAACUCUAACAACUACAGAGAGGGCUACCCCGAUUCCCCAGGUCAAGACUCUGUUGUCUCCUAAUGAGCAACAUACUGACGACAUCAAACGCGAGAGGGCGUUUCAUGACCUCCUGACCAAGGCUGGGGGACGCCCUUGGUAUUCCAGUGAGCUCAUUGACCAAGUCGCCCAGAAUCCAGAACAACACACCGAGCUUCUUGAGUACUGGAAACAAGACACUACCGGAUCGGGGAAGCAAGAAUGGAUGGUAUUUGAACGGCAGCUGGAAAGGUGGAACCAGUUUUGCCGUUAUCAGCUGAGAGUGAGACGAAACCGGGAUACAUUUGACGAAUACCUGGCGCGAUGUACCAAGUGCCUCUCUAAACAAUCUCUCACCACGCCACUUCAUAUGAAACCAGAUCCAGCAGACCAGGAUCCAUUAUCACAAUGGCUUGAGUACCUAUGCUUUGAGGUGUCAGAGCGUAAAAAAUACUCGUGGUAUAAGCGCUAUAACCAGCAGUAUGAAAGCGCCUGGCAGACACUCGUUGACUCCAAGUUGUUAGAAUUGCAUGAAGACCGAGAUCAGAUUGAAGCAGCAGGAUAUACACCAGCAUCAGAUGGUGAAAGGACCAAACUGAGACAAGCCGUGGAGGUGGCCAGUUCAAACGUCUUAUUAGCUGAACGGGAUCUGUUGGACCCAAGUGUCAGGGGGCCAGUAGCACAACGGAAACUCUUUGAGACUCAAGCCAAGCUUGACUCUGCAAUCGAAGCCUUUGAUCAUUUCCAACGUCGGGGAGAUGCGAUCAAGGUGUUUCUCCAGUCCACCUCUGCCUAUCGUGAGGCAAGGCGUGGAGCUCUGCGACACCAGAUGCUUUUACGAUGGAUGAGGCAGCAGGUCCCGUUGAUAGAGGAGGAUCUUGGCGUACCGCCUUCGACGGGACAUCUGGAUGCCGAAGUGCUUUUCGAGAUGGACAGCGACGAGAGCGACGACCAGAAACCGAGUAUUGACUCUUCUCGCACCGAGUUAAUAGACACACUUGCCGGGUUGCAACGAAAUGAAAGCAAAAAGCGUCUCGCGAGUAUUUCGGCAGAAGUUAGUCGGACCAACAGCAAUGUUCUCCCGAAGCGCUCCAAAUAUGCGUGCAAUGAUGAAGACGAAGCGAGAUAA